UAUACACACACAAGUAUAUGAUGCCCAUACGGACGCUACUUCGAUUUCCUUGUUCGAAAACUAAGGAUAAAUCUCUCCUUCUCUACCUCCGUGUAAUUUCUCUCUAUAAUUACUUACUAUACCUAGCCGUUGAGACUACUGCAGCAUGGGUAGAGCACCUUGUUGUGACAAAAAUGGGCUAAAGAAAGGGCCUUGGACCCCGGAAGAGGACCAGAAGCUGGUUGAUUACAUACAAAAACAUGGCUAUGGCAACUGGAGGACACUUCCAAAGAAUGCUGGGUUGCAAAGGUGCGGAAAGAGUUGUCGUCUUCGUUGGACCAACUAUCUGAGGCCUGAUAUCAAGAGAGGUCGGUUUUCUUUCGAAGAAGAGGAGACAAUAAUUCAGCUGCAUAGUAUAUUGGGAAACAAGUGGUCUGCCAUUGCUGCUCGAUUGCCUGGAAGAACAGACAACGAGAUCAAGAACUACUGGAACACACACAUUAGGAAGAGGCUUCUAAGAAUGGGAAUUGAUCCGGUGACUCAUAGUCCAAGACUUGAUCUUCUUGACCUCUCCUCAAUCCUGAGCUCAUCUCUUUACAACUCCUCUGAUCAAAUGAACAUGUCAAGAAUGCUUGGUGUCCCACCUUUAGUGAACCCAGGACUUCUAAGGCUAGCCACAUCUCUCUUAUCUUCUCAACGUGACCAAACCCAAAACUUCGUCAUCCAAAAUGGUCAAGAAGAAAACCAUCUUCCCAACCCACAAGUCCAACAAAGCCAAUACGAAUCGAUGAUUCAUCAAGCUAAUAUCCAGUUUCAAACCCCAGGUCAAGAAAUGCCUACUUGCACCACAUUGACUACCAGCCCCUGUGUUACAUUUUCUAACGAAGCACGAAUUAUGGACCCUAAUGUGGACCAAUACCAGUCAAGUACCAUUACCAACUUUAGCUCUCCAAAUUCUCAGUUCAGUACUCAUGAUCAGUGGCAAAACAAUGGAAUGGGCUCCAAUUUAGCUGAAGAUUAUUAUGUGCCUGCUGUAUCAAGUUACAACAGCAACGGCUACUAUGGGUCUGACCUUAUGGACCCUUCUUCCGAGACCUCGACUUUUAUCUCCAACAGCAGCAACCAGAACUUUGGUUUUGCUUCAGUUUUAUCAACUCCUUCUUCAAGUCCUACGCCAUUGAACUCCAAUUCAACUUACAUCAAUAGCAGCAGCGCUGAAGAUGAGAGGGAAAGCUACUGCAGCAACAUCUUGAAAUUCGAAAUCCCAGAUAUUUUGGAUGCUAUUAACUUCAUGUAAUCUAAUGUAAUGUAUUGGAAAUCAAUGAAACUGAUCAGAAUAGUUUUCUUCUUUAA